AUGUGGUUUUUUGCCCAAGAGGUAGUUUUCUUGUAUAUUCUGGUUUUGAGCAUCAUUCAGGUCAAAAUAGCAAAGAAGAGUCAAAAUGGAGCAAAAGAGUCAAAUCACCAAGUUCCCAAGUCUAGAGCACCAAAUCUACAUUUCUCGCUAAAGACCAAACCGGAGCAUCCGAAGUACGACCGCAUAUUCAUGCCUUCCCGACGUCCAAAAGUCAUGAUUCUUAUAUGGAAAGAUAGAUAUUUGAGUCAUGACCCGCGGCGAAGUGGAAAGAGGUCAUUUGGAUCACUCGUUGGACCGGAACUUAUUUUCUACCAAGACAUGUCCGACGAGCGCCUAAGUAGAGCCCAUGGAGACUUUGAUGGAUCAAGAGGCCCGAGAUACCGCGCCCAAGGCCUUGGCUCAUCUUGA